AUUUCAACACCCAAAGAGUAAUUUGAACACAUUCAGAGUAAAAUGGUGUUUGGUGUUGGAGUUAUUUCACAGAGUUGAUCAUCAGUGUUAAACAAGCUCCAUAGAGACGUAAUUAGACUCCGCCCACGCAUUUCCAAUCGUCGCUGCUGAAAAUCCAUGAAGACGUCGCCAUUAUCCUCGUGUGGCUUUGAAAGUCAUUGAGAGAUUUUGCUUGCCACCUGAUGCAAAAGUAACAUACAGGGAUGCAACAGGGACAGAAGUCGAUGAAGAAAUAUUCAGUGACCUCAUUGGACAAGGCAAUGUGGUGCUGACUGUUUUCUCAAAUGACGAAUUUUCAGAUUCUUUGUCUUCCAUAUCUGAGAAGUCUGACAAAAGCAACAUUUCAAGUGCAUCGACUGUAAUCUUAGAUGAGGUCCCUAACAAGAGACAAAGAAAAGAGGACACAUCUGCACUGUCUGCAAAGCAGGCAACUCCCUACUAAAGCCAUCAGAGAACAGUAUGCUCUUGGCAUAGUGAUGCUGUUCCCUUCCCUCAGAGAUCCUUAUUCCAAGAAAGGCUAUGAACACUUUUAUGACGCUGCAAGCAACACAGGAUACAUUGCUUGGCGUAUGAAAACAGUCCACAGAAAGAUUAGACGAGGAUCUUUGCCACUAGACAGCCCUCAUGAUGUUUCUCCAGGAGGCCCAAAAUGCAAAAGGGCUACUAAUUUUGAAGGGCAACUUGAUGGGGAUGCUUGCAGAGAGGCCAUUUCUUUGCUCAGCCACACUACAGAGAAGUCCCUAAUAUUCCAAAAGAUGAGAGAGACCUUUCAGCAUCGGCAGAAGCUUGUUAAAGAUCCAGGCUCUAGUGUUGAUAUCCUCUUCACCUUCCCAAGAUUCCUAGAUACAAAAGGCCUGGUUGAUCAAGACUUCACUCUCCUGUUUGACACCGAGACAUCCUCCAGGCUGCUUCAGAAGUGGGACACGUUCUUCAGGCCAAAUGUCAUUAGAGAGGCCAAGCAACUUACUUCAACAGCAGAGCUGAGUCAGUUGUUGCUCUCAGCAGAAUGUCCUAAAGGAAGUGACCUUCAUGAAACAAUCUACGACCAUGAAAUGGCAUCCCUUCUUUUACUGAUACAUCUCCUUCCACCAUCACCAGGAGGACUGAAGUCUCCAAAAAUCAGUGCAUGUGAUGCUGCUGAAAGACUUGUAAUCUUUCAUAAGUCAUGCUGCAGUUUGGAGGAGCACCUCAACAACAUCCAGCAUCAGCAUCCGUACCUCCUUGCUGUUGGACGCCAGAAAAGCAAGAUUGAGGGCUUCUACAUCAUCUUGGAUAAGCAUCUCAUCCCAUGCCAGGCAAACCGCUCCCUUGGAGCAUUUGAUGAACUUUUCAAGGCACAUUUUGUGUUCAAUUUGUCCUAUGAUAGUGCACUUCUAAACUUUUACACAUUCCUGCAGACAACAGUGUAUAACAUUGAUGUAGGUCAAAUGAAGGAGUCUCCCAGGGUUAGAGAUUUGAGAGCCAGACUGCUCAACCAGACCGUAACCUUAACUUAAAGUCGGGUAGUAUGAUGUUGACAGAAUGCUGAUCUGUUUUAUUUGUCAAAAAGAGCACCCAGACAGUCAACAGUUGAUUUCCCAUUUAAGAGGUGAACAUAGUUAUUAUCCUGGAUCUAAGUUCAAAUUAAUUUGUUCUCAGCAAGGUUGUAGGCAUCAGUUCCAAACAUAUGCAGGUUUUCGUAAGCACCUUAAUAGUGUUCAUAGCAGCAUUCAGCUGAUUGCUCCAACUUCAACUGUUGGAUGUUCCUCAAGUGAGCCAGUUGCAAGCUCAUCUCAUGCUUUGGAGGACCUUAUGAAUCCCCAGCAUUUAUCUCCUUGUUCCAGUGGUUUAUCUGAUAACAAUGAUUCAGGGCUUACUAAAAAUUCAACUAAAGAAUUGUGUGAUUCCAUUGUGGCCAAAAUACAAGCAAGUGGGAUUCCAAACAGUUUGGUGUCCUCAAUUGUGGGAGAUUUAGAGGAGCUAACAGAUGAGCUUAACUCUCAGGCUAAGCAUAACAUACUUUCUGCUUUGCCUACAAAUGACCCCUACAAAACUGUAAUAAAUGAAUCUUUUGAAAAAUUAGAAAACCCAUUCACAAAUCUGAAUACAGAAUGGAAACGUAAUAAAUACUUUAAAGAAAAAUGGGGAGUUGUAGAGCCCAUUGAGAUAACACUAGGUGUGCGGUAUGACAACAAAUUGAAUAAGAAAUCUGGUACUUAUGACCAAGUUCCAGUGAAUGAUACUUUUAUAUAUGUGCCAAUUUUAGAAACGUUGAAAUUCAUGUGCAGAAAUCCAGACAUUUGUGACCUCCUAAGGAAAGAUUGUAGAUCAGAGCCUGACACUUUUACAGAUUUUAGCGAUGGAAGUUAUUUUAAAUCCCACCCUUUAUUUACAACAAAAAGACAUGCAUUACAAAUUCAAAUAUACUAUGAUGAUUUUGAAACCGCUAACCCCCUUGGCUCCAAACGUAGUAUCCACAAAAUUGGCUGCCUUUAUUUUAUUGUAAGAAACUUGCCCCCAAAAUUUAACUCAGUUCUGAUGAACAUUCAUUUGUUAGCACUUUUUCACACACAAGACGUAAGCAAGUACGGUUUUGAUGUUAUACUGGAUCCGUUGAUAAAUGAUAUAAAGAUACUUGAAAGCCAAGGAUUAAGUCUCCCAUUCUCAGAUGAGCAGAUAUACGGCACCAUCGCACAAAUCACUGGUGAUAAUCUAGGAAUGCAUUCAAUUCUUGGUUUUAAUGAGUCAUUUAAUAGCCAUCAUUUCUGUCGCCUUUGUUUAAUUGAAAAGAAUGAUUCUCAAACAGUAUACAGUGAGGAUGAUCCUAAGGUGGUCCUUCGUGCACAAGAAAUCUUUGAAAUACAUUGCAAGUCUCUCCAGGAAAACCCACAAUUGAGGUCACUAUAUGGUUUGAAAAAAAAAUCCAUAAUUAAUACACUGAAAUACUUUCAUGUUAGCAAUAACUACUCAUUUGAUAUAAUGCAUGACCUUCUUGAGGGCGUGGUUCAAUAUGAAAUCAAAUUGCUUUUUGGACAUCUCAAACAAAACUUUAUAUCUGAAGAGGAUUUACUUUCAAGGAUUUAUUCUUUUGAUUAUGGAUUUUUAGAACGAAAAAAUCGUCCCACAAAGGUUAUUUUGGAUAGUGCUGGUAAUAGCAUUGGUUUAAAUUCCAUUCAGACAUUAUGUCUUGUGAAAAAUCUCCCACUUUUGUUUGGAGACAUUGUUCCUCCAGGACACAAACACUGGAGUUUGUUGCUUAUGUUACUUCAAAUAAUGAACAUUGUGUUUUCACCUUGUCUCACUUCAGGUUUGACAGUGUAUUUGAAGCACUUGAUUGCUGACCAUCACAAACUAUUCAAGUACUUGUAUCCUCAUAAAAAUUUGAUUCCUAAACAUCAUUACAUGAUACAUUACCCUUCUUCUAUAAGGAAAAUUGGCCCCUUGUUAUAUAUGUGGUCAAUGAGGUUCGAAGCCAAACAUAAGAUGUUCAAAGAUUUUUUUAAAAAUUUCAAAAACAUAACAAAAUCAUUAGCUAAAAAGCAUCAGAUGGCCAUUGCGUACCAUUGGGAAACAUUCACCCUCAAACAUAAUGAGUUUGGGCCAAUUAAACCAUUUUCCAUAGGGAAUGAGGUCAGCAAUCAAAUGCUUGAAAUGUUCAUAUCAAAAGAUGUUUUCUCAACCAGUUGGGUUAAAGUUGAUGGUGUAGAAUAUAGAGCUGGACUUGUGGUGUGCAGUGCUAUAGAAAGUGAAAUGCCAGUCUUCUGUCAAAUAAGUGCUGUACUUUUGGUUGAAAGUUACAUUUAUCUGUUGGUAA